AUGUUUAGGGUCCGCCAACAAGCCAAUCGCUUGUUGCCGAAUAUCUUGCGUAUUCAUAGAUCUCUUCACACUGAAAUAGCAUUUGCAUUCGACAUCGAUGGAGUUCUUUUAAGAAGUAAAGAGCCUAUUUCAGGUGCUUCCGAAGCUCUGAAACUAUGCCACGACAACAAAAUCCCAUUUAUUCUUUUGACAAAUGGAGGUGGGACAUCAGAAAAUCAGCGAACAGCGUUUUUGUCAGACGCUUUGAGGGUACCGUUAUCACCUUCGCAGAUUAUCCAAAGUCACACACCAUUCAAAACCUUAGUGCCUGAAUACAAGAAAGUUUUGGCAGUGGGAUCGCCCACUGUGAGGGAAGUGGCCGAAAUGUAUGGUUUUGAGAAAGUUGUUCAUCCGAUGGAUAUAGUUCGCUAUGACCCUAGCAUUGCGCCUUUUUCCGGGGUUUCCAAAGACGUGCGUAUGGAGCUUUCUCGAGAGAUUCCAGGUCUUGAUAAAGAGCCCUUCGAAGCCAUCUUGGUGUUUAACGAUUCUCGCGAUUGGGGUGCUGACAUCCAAAUCAUUUUGGAUCUUCUCAACAGUGAAAACGGGAUGCUGAACACCGUACGUCAAGCUAGACCGAAUGCUCCACCAAUGUCUAAACCUUCUGUUCCUAUUUACUUUUCCAACAAUGACUUAGUGUGGGCAAACCAAUACGUUUUGAACCGGGUCGGACAAGGUGCUUUCCGCACAGUCAUUGAGACGUUAUAUUCCAGACUAAACUAUGGUGCUCAAUUAGAGAAUACGAUAAUCGGCAAGCCCACCGCGGUGACAUACGAUUUUGCUCAUCACAUCCUAAUAAAAUGGCGGGAAAAGCUUGCUAGCGGUUCGAAAAAUGAGAUUCCAUUGCCCAAACUCGGCGUAUCGCCGGAGUCGUCCCCUUUCAGCAAAGUGUUCAUGGUAGGCGACAACCCGGCUAGCGAUAUCAUUGGUGCGCAUAACUACGGAUGGUCUACUUGCUUGGUGCGCUCUGGGGUUUAUCGCGAUGGCGAUCCGCUACCAUGCCAUCCAACCAUUAUCGCUGACAAUGUUUUCGAUGCUGUAAAGCGUGCGAUAGGCUAG